CUCCGGACUCCUGGACGACACCAACGCGUCGUCCGGUUGAGUUUGGAUUAAAGGAGUUAUUUUCCACAGGUCGCCGACGGUGGGAGGAGCAGUCGACUUGAUGCAGAUUAAGCCGGACGGUUUUUGUGCUUGCACCGUAGCUCCGAAACAUCGCAGGUGAAAGUGAUGCAGAAGUGGAUGCGCUAGGAAAACAUGGAGCCCAGAGACUCGACGGUCUCGGCAACAUGCCCGAAGCCGAGAAACCGGCGACAGCCGCCCGGGAAAUCUUAGCGGUCGUAGAGAGAACCGUCGCCGGGUACGAGGAGGAGGCUUCGGGCUUCAGGCAGGAGAUCGACCGGCAGAGGAGACAGCUGGAGGUUCUGCUGCAGCCGCGGGUCAAACUGGAGACGACAGGUCGGUGUAAGAAGGAACCUGGAAAGGACAAGGUCCCAACAUCGGGUCCCAACGCUCUGCCUUGUCGCCGCUGAACCUGCCGAUGUUUCAGUAAAUAAAAUCGACACCUGCACUGAUUUUAACGAUGUGAUUUACAAGUCCUGGUUCGUCUCAUGGGUGAGAAAAGGCCGGGCAGCUGCCACUGGGACACUGACACCGAAGGAGCCUUAAAAACAGGAAGAUUCUGAAUGAAGUUCUGCAGCCGCUUUCUCCUCUGGAGCUUUAUUCUGGAGGGACAUCAGAGAUCAUGGUGUCCUCAGGAAGCGGACGUCUCCCUGACUCAUAUCAACGUGUUUCAUGUCUGACUGGGUUAGGACUCUGAGAAGAGGGACCAGUUGUGUCCUGCUCAGUGUCCAUCACAGACCAGAUCAGGGUUAAAACGUCGUCGUCCUGCUUUCGAUCAGAGCUCAGUCUGAGAGGAGAUGCUGCAGGACACGUCACCACCUCCUCGGAGUCCAGAGUCCGCCUGCUGGAGGAUUCCCGGUCCGACCAGGACACGUUCAAAGAAACUCUGGACUGAAGCUCCUGGUGAAUUUGUCUGGAGGGACACGUUUGCAGGACCUGACGUGUCGUGCUGGGGUCCAGCUUCCCUCGGCUGGUCCAGCGGAGGACGACAAACCUCUCGAAAUCUUCACGGCCAGCGAGAGACCAGCAGGUCCCCCGGAGCAGGAAACUCAGCCCUCUGCACCGCCUGGAGGCCCAUGGCCAGGUUUUGUUGCCAGAUUUUAUUCCAGCCGCAACAAUCGGUGGAUUCACAGGAAACCAGGAUAUAAGAAUAAUGGAAAAACAACAUCUUGGAGCAGGAUUGACGGCUCCAGAGUCUGAAAUCUUUUCCAUCGGAGCCUGUAGUAAACUGAAUAUUCUGGUCGUUCAGACUAAACAAGACAUUUAAAGAUGAACGUUUUCACUGUUUUCUGAUGUUUUGUUGACGCAACAAUAAACGGAUUAAUUGAUCAGAUAAUCUGCAGAUGAAUCCAUCAUUGAACUAAUCGUUCGUAGCGGCCCUGCUUCUGAGAUUCCCACUGAUCUCGGGGCUUUGUCCAGAUUUCCUCCAGCUGUCGCACGACGCCGCGACAGUGUCCACGCUCCACAAUGUUCAGCGCGUCCUCAUUUUUCAGAAAUUAACCAGAAUCCCGCUGGGUCCUUCGAGGAUCGUCAGACCGCCGAGGAAGAGCGUCACGAGUCUUCCGGGUCCGGGUCUGCUGCAGCAACGAGCGGCGAAACCAGAACGUUGAGCGCGAGAUGCGGUGGGGGGCGUUGAUGCGUUGCGCUUCGGGGGUUCUAAAAUGCGGGAGGUGUGGGCGUGGUCAAAAGUUUGACUGUGAAGUUAAAAAACAAAACAAAAGCCCACCUCUGUGACCCCAGACAGGCUCCGAGGUAAGAAACAAACCACCAGCGGAAGACGCAUCGAGCCGCCGGAAGGAAACAGGUCAACAGGAUCAGCGUGUUUCAGCCUGGCAGUCGCACCCUGUUUCCACUAGUCUCCCAUGCUUCACGUACGUAACAGCUUUUACGCCUCAGACAAGAGGAAACUUUUGGGAUAUUUCAGGAUUUUUCUGGGAUUUCCGUGCUCCCACUCAGGUUUUUCUUCUUCUUUUAAUGCAACAAUUGAAAAUGCUCAUAAAAAGAGGCGGAUGGAAACGCACCUCUGCGCCUGAGUCCAUUCCACUGGAAUGGGUCCCGGAUCGGGAUCAAACUCCCGACCCUGCCUCUGCUGUCACUACUCCCGUGUGUUGAAAUGGUCCGGUGUUUGCGGGGAGUUCUGGGAAUCUUCGUCUCCUCUGCGAAGGGGACGGUGAUGAGGACGAGGAGGACGACAGAGAUGAUGACUGGAAACCAGACAAGAAUGACGGGCAGGUGAAGGAGAGUGACCCUGAACCGUCAGAUCCGGUCGACUGAGAACAGUGUCGCUGUUGCUUGGUGUAAAGUCUGCGGAGCUCUGCUCAGGUCGUCGACAUUUUUGACUGAGAACAUCUGGAGUCAUCUUCAGAGUCACCAGAAGACACACAGCUGUAACAUCUGUACAAAUGUGGCCGAUGCGGCGAAGCUCAUACCAACACAUCAGCGCUUCAGAAUCACCAGUGGGAAGAUGUGGAGGACAAACCACACAAAUGUCAUGUUUGCCAGAAAUCAUUGGGUUUUAAGUCCCAGCUUGAAAUUCACAGGAAGCUCCACACGUGUGCGGUAAAUCUGUCGCUGACUCGAGAACUUUAUCCAAACACAAUUUAUUCAUUCACUCGGGGAAAAGGCGGCAGAGCUGUGAGGUCUGUCACAUGUCCGUCAAGGUUUGGGACAAGCUGAGAGAAGACGAGAAGAUCCACACCGUCCGGGACGGACCACACCUCUGCGACGUUUGCUGCCAAGCUCUCCACCAACGGAGCCUCAUAAACAGAGAGCCAGAGCCACCUGGGAGGGGCAGCAGUGGACGGACUGAAAGACUCGAGCCCACAAGAAUGACUGAUGGCCACUUGUUUGAAGCAUUACAAACGUCCAUCUGUCAGCUGAACUCCUGACGUUUGGAAAUCAACCAUUGUUCAGGGAGUUCCCAUCGACGUGUUGCACCUGCAGGUUGCUUUGCUUUCACCUUCCGUCCAGUUCAUCCCAAACCGGCUCCACGGGGUUCAGGUCUGGAGACUGUGCUGGUCUUCCAUCAUGUGAGGUCUCCGUCUGGUUCCGUUCUCCUAAUGUUCUGGGUCAUUAUCUUGCUGCGGGACGAAGCCCCGACCAACCAGGAGCAACAAAUGAGACUAAAUAUUUGUGUAAAUACAGGGAACCCGCAGGGCGCAGUGCUGGGAAACGUGGCGUCAACCACCUUUCUCUUAUUGUGUAAUUAAAGAGUAAAACAACCUGAGGCCGCAUUAUAUCACAGGCCGGUAUUAACUGGUUUUACUGCAGCGAAACAAAACACGAGGACACAAGAGCUGUCGUGGCUGCACCAAAACCAGGAACAAGUCGGCCCGCUGGAAUGUGCUGAGGUGCUGUGCAUCAAACCCACUCCCCCGCGAAAACAACAUGUUUUACUGGAUGGAGAGGAACACCGGGGGCCCAGAGACUCUCGACGGUCUCGGCAACAUGUCCAAAGCCGAGAUACUGAGAGGGAUCGUCACCGAGAAGCUGGCGACAGCCGCCCAGGAAAUCUUAGCGGUCGUAGAGAGAACCGUCGCCGGGUACGAGGAGGAGGCUUCGGGCUUCAGGCAGGAGAUCGACCGGCAGAGGAGACAGCUGGAGGUUCUCCUGCAGCCGCGGGUCAAACUGGAGAGGAAAGCCCUGAUCCCAGAUAUGGACAGCCAUGCUGUGGUUGUUGUAAGUGACGGGGAAGAGGAGGAGCAGCACACACAGCAGCCAGAUGUGGAGGACACAGGGAGUCUGGGCCUCCUGUGGUACGAUGAUGACGAGGGUGAAAAUGAAGAGGAGCAGCAGUCGGUGCAGCCAGCAACAAGCUCCAGACAGAAACGAGAAGAUCUGCAGGACCCCGACUAUCAUAUACCAUCAAGGUCAUUUUCCCCCAGAGUUCGGUCUGACAGGAGGAAGCCUGGCAGACCUCGGAUCAGUGACUCACAGAGCCAUCUAGAUCUCAGGAUCUGCAUCCUGGAGGACUCACAGACCGAUGUGCUCUCGAAAAGGGUGUUUAAGAAAUGUCCGGUGCAGGAGCUGCAGUGUCCUCGUGGGCUACAGGAGGCAGACUUCCUGGACCUGCUGAGGUCCUCCUUCCCUCAGCUGACGGCUGAUAAACCCUUUGACGUCUUCACGUCUGACAGAACCAGGAGACUGCAGCCUCUGAGAGUGAAGACCCUGACCCCAGAGGAGAUCUACAGGACCAUCAGGACCACUGGAGCAGGAAACUCAGCCCUCUACAUCCGACUGAAGACCCGCGAGGAUCCCCAGACCAGCAGGGACGACGCCGCCAUGACAGCUGAUCAAACCGAAAUGUCCGCGAGAGAUCAGUCUGAGAGAAGGAGGCGUGGCAGACCUCGGCUCGGUGAAGAACCCACUCACCACCAGCUCAGGAUCUGCAUGCUGGAAGAUUCCCAGUCAGAUGUGCUCUCGAAAAAUGUGCUGAUGAAAUCCUCAGUACAGGACCUGAAGUGUCCUCGUGGACUACAGGAGGCCGACUUCCUGGACCUGCUAAGGUCCACCUUCCCUCAGCUGGCUGGAGACGACAAACCUUUUGACAUGUUCAAGUCCGACAGGAGCAGGAGACUCCAGAGGCUCAGAGUAAAGACUCUUACACCAGAGGAGAUCUACAGGACCAUGAAGUCGACGGGGGUCGAAAAGACACUGCUCUACAUCAGACUAAAGACAAGAGAGGAGGAAGAAGAGCUUCAACUCUUACCGAGACACGACGAUGCCACUGAUGUUUCCCUGUCUACUGCCGCCGUGGUGAUAAAAACUGAUGAAUCCAGGCUCAGUUCAAGCAGCCCUGUUCACCAUGUAGAUGGUAACAGAGUGGACGUUCGGGCCGGCAGCUCAGCUUCACAACAACAGAAAAUGGAGACUGAUGAUGAAGAUGCCGCCGAGAGCGAAGUGGCCUCCAGUGAUGACAAAGAUGGAGACAAGGGAUGUGACAGAGACGACGACUGGAAACCAGAUCCUGACCUGCAGUCAUCAAAGACAAUGAGGAGGCGGGUGCCCAGAAGUUCUGUCGUGGAGAGGAGUAAAACGCCCUGUAAAGUCUGUGGAGUUUGGUACAGGGUACGGGGCAGCUUGAUCAAACACGCAUGGAGUCACGUGGAUGAACCGCAGCGUGUUUGCGGAGUGUGCGGGGAGCAUUUUGAAUCUGUUGAAGAGUUGAAGAGACAUCUUAGAAACUACCAAAAGACUCACGACUGUUCAUAUUGUGGAAAGUCUUUCUCCACCGUCACUGGCCUCAACUGCCACACCACUCUCCACACAGGAAACAGGCCGUUUACAUGUGAUGUUUGCAACAAAACCUUUGCUCACAUGUCCAGCUUGAGUGUUCAUCGUUGGGUCCAUGUGGCGGACAAACCACACAAGUGUGAUAUUUGCCCAAAAGCGUUUGGUCUGAAGGCACAGCUCAAAGCUCACAGUAAGGUGCACACAGGUAGAGACAAGUACCACUGCAAUAUCUGUGGUAAAUCUGUCUACGACCUCCGGUCUUUAACCCGCCACAAGGCAACUCACUCGGGGGAGAGACGUUACGGCUGUGAGGUUUGCGGGAAGCGUUUCAAAAUUCCCAGCACGUUAAAGUCACACGAGAAGAUCCACACGGUCAGAGACAGGCCGUACCUCUGCCAUAUCUGCUGUAAAACCUUCCUCUCGAACUGCGGUUUAACGGCUCACAUGAGGACGCACAGCAACGAGAGGCCGUUCAUCUGCAUCAUAUGUAGCAAAGGCUUCAUAUCCAACGGCGAGCUGAAGGCUCACAUGCGAGUCCACACUGGCGAGGCGCCGUACGGCUGCUCCGAGUGUGGACGCUUUUUUAAACGCAAGACUCACCUGAACAACCACGUCAGGAGCCAUUUGGGCAUCAAACUGUUUGUCUGCGGAGUUUGUGGGAAAGCGUGUUCUCGCCAAGAACACCUGACCGUCCACAUGAGAACUCACAACGGAGAGAGACCAUACAAAUGUUCCCUCUGUGACAAAGCCUUUACUCAGAGCCACUGUCUGAAAACACACAUGAAGAGCCACCAGGCAGAAGAAAGCCAGUUUCUGAAUCCAGCCGGUUCUGUCUGAAAAGGACUGUAUCAAACUUGUACUCUUCUUUAGUUAUUCCUUGAUCACGCAGUCGCUUUAAAUCACCUUUUUUGUGGACAAAGUUCUUACGUAAGGCUGCUUGUGUUGAAACAUUUUACAUUUGAGUACUCUCGCUUCUUUUGUUAAAUGAAAAGAAAACGUUCUUCUACAAAACCAUUUAUAUUCCGGCAAGUGAAGUAUUGUUUUGGAAUUGAUACUGAAAAUGGUCACAUGAUACCCAGGUCUAGUUUUUGACAGAAAAAGAAACAAAGGAAAAUUAAUUCACAACAGUUUUAAUGACAAUUAGUUUUGGUAUUGGUACUGAAAUUUGUUUAAGUGGAUAACUGAGCUAAAUUUUUUGCUUUUCGCUGAUUUUAAUUGUCAAUGAAAUAUCUGUUGGUUGGACAAAAAAAUUUUUGAAUCGCCUGGGAAACUGACAUCUUAGACAGUAAAUGGUUAGUCCGAAAUAAUUAUCAGCUGCAGCCCUAAAAAAAGUUGAAUGUAUGAUUUUUACAACUUUAAAGUUUAACUUACGGUGUUAUGCUGACCCCAAGCCGGUAGCAGUAUUAAGAGAAAAGUAAUCAAGCUUUUUACACAAAAUUACCACAUACCUUUGAUAGAAGUGCCAUAUCAAUCAGGUAUAUAGAGUUGUGCUGUACUUAAUGUUGUAUUUACUGCUUUCAGCUCAUGUAAAGAUCACAGUCGCAAACAUAAAUACUAGUUAAACUUUGUCUAGAAGGUGAAGUCGUGGCACUUCAUGGAGAUUAAGUCUUUUUCUUUGAUUUCUCGCAGUGUGUUCAAUGUUUCUUAAUUCUCAUUCCACUGUAGCUGACAUUGCAUUCAGGGGGAGUGGGAAAUGUGUCAAUUUCACUCAAUAAUUCCUCAUGUAUAACUGUUUGGAAAUUUGAUGAAUGUGACGUCAGAGCACUUCCAAAUCCCAAGUGGUCCUGAAUGCAGCAUAUGGUGCCUUAACGUGCAUGUUUUCCUCAACGGGUGUCAUUUAGCUUUUAUCUGCUGAUUUUACAUUUUACUGCUCAAGUGUAUUUCACUGUAAAAGAACAAAAAGGUGCGCCUGCUUGUUUGCUAUGCCAAAUGUGACCAUAAUAAACUACAUUCUG